UUUGUCUGUUCAUGCAAGUCCACCCCUGACGGUCACGAAUUGCAGUUCCACCUUAGAAAACAAUUUGAAACAUAGCCUCAAUAUUGCUUUAUUUAUACUAUGUCGUUACUGAAAACGAAUUAAAAAUUGUAGUUUUAUAUUAAAAACUCGAAGGGGAUUUUGCCUUCGAAAUAGAUUCAUUAUUUUGUUGUUCGCGAGCGGCUGACUGAGGUUAUGUCGUGCGAGGAGAGCUACUUAGCUAUCAGACGGUAUCUGACUGAUGAGCGGGAGCCGUACGCUCCGGGGACGCAUGGCAACACCAAGAGAAAAAUACGGAAAGCUGCAGCAUGUUAUGUCAUGCGAAAUGGGACUCUAUACUACCAGAGACGACAGAAGGGCCUGGACGAGUUUACGGAGUUGGAAGUGGUUCUGCAGGACGGGCGAAGGAAGGAACUUAUUGAUCAGUGUCACAUUACUGCCGGAGGAGAACACAUAAAUCAGCAUUUAACCUGGGAAUCCAUCUCCCAAAAGUACUGGUGGCGAGGUAUUUUGAAGCAGGUGAAGGACUACAUCCGGGAUUGUAACCAAUGCCAGAGCCGCCUGGAUCGUCGCGGGCUGUCAGACGACGGGACCGGGCCCAGACCCGUGGGUCGACCGAUCCGCCGGAAGACCGUGGUUCACCUCAGUGAUGAAGAUGAGGAAGAAGAGGAAGAAGGAGACGAGGAGACAGAUGUGUCCGGCUCCUUUCAGAAGAAGAUACGGACGUCCAAGACACUGGCCAAACACGAGCUUGUCUUUGUGGACAGCAAAGGGGUGGUGAAGCAGUUCCUCCCCAGACACAGUCAGACCAUGCUGGACAAACUCAACCAGCAGCGCCUUGGCAACCAGUUCUGUGACAUCACCCUGCUCAUCGAGGGGGAGGAACACAGAGCCCACAAGGCCGUGCUGGCUGCCUGCAGCGACUACUUCAAGGAGCUGUUUGUGGAGAAGGGGGCUGUUUCCACGCACGAGGCUGUGGUGGACCUCUCAGGUUUCACCAAGUCCAGCUUCCUGCCUCUGCUGGACUUUGCCUACACGUCCCACCUCUCGUUCAACUUCUGUGUGAUGGCCGAGGUGGCCACCCUGGCCCGGCACCUGCUGAUGGCCGAGGUGCUGCAGAUCUGCGAGUCCGUCCACAAGCAGGUGGAGGAGCAGAAGCUGAUGGUGUACCAGAGGGGAGACAUCCACACCGUGGUGUCCAGCCAGCCUGCACCGGCACAGGCCUUCAUCCAGGAGUCGGGGGCCUACAUGGUGACCAUCCAGAGCGAUGGCCAGGCCGUGGUCACCCAUACUGGGGUGGGCGUUUCAGGCGAGUCCCUGGCUGUCGUGGCUAACCCUGGGGAGGUGUUCCAGGGGGAGGCCGCGGAGGAGGAGGGGGAGGCAGGGGAGGGCGUGGUGCUGGUGGCCCACGGAGGAGAGGCGGGGCCCGGGGAGACGGUGACCCUGAUUGCCCACGGCGGGGAGACCGGGGAGGGGGGCACCAUGACAGUGGUGACCCAUAGCGGGCAGGCGGGAGCAAGCGAGUCCCUGGCUGUGGUCUCGGCCUGCCUGGCCCUGGAGCAGACUCCAGAGGCUUCCAUGGAGCCUGGGGCUUUCCUCAUCAACGUAGACCCAGGAACCCCCUCAGAGCUGGUCCCGCAGCCCACCACAGUGCCCCCCACAGCGCCCCCCGCAGCCCCGGAGGAGAAUGCACAGGCCACCCCAAGCCAGUCUGAGACGGACAAAUCACAACCGCAGGUGGAGGAGCCUGUAGCCUCCGCCCCUGCCCAGCCCCCGGCCUUGGCCCCGCCCCCCAAGCGGAAGCGCGGCCGGCCGGCCAAGGUGAAGGUGGAGGAAGUGGAGGAGGAGGUGGAGGAGGAGGUGGAGGAGCGAGUGAGCCUCCCUGUGGAGGAGGUGGAGGAGGCGCAGGGGGGGCCCUACAGGAGGAGGCUCCGACAGCGCUCCAUGGGGGAGGGGGGCUACGUCAGGCUGCACAUGGGCCUGGAGGAGGAGGAGGACAGCAAGACCCCCGCUACUCAGAGAGCCACCAAGGAGGGUCAGAAGCUGGCGAAGAGAGGCCGCCCCCCCAAGAGGAGAGUAGAGGAAGAGGGGGAGGGGGGGCUGGGGCCCUCGGGCAGGGAGGGGGCUGAGCCCCCCCAGACGGCCUCCACAGGGCCGGAGCAGGAGGUGGAGUCGGGGGCCCCGCCCCCCCAGGGCCCCUCCCAGCCGGAGGGGGUUGUGGAUGGGGAACACACCUGCUCUGAAUGUGGCAUGACCUUCCAGCGACGCUACGCCCUCAUCAUGCACACGCUCAAACACGAGAAGGCACGCGGGUACAAGUGUAGCCUGUGCAGUAAGGAGUUCCAGUACGCCGCCUCACUGCGCGCCCACCUGGCCCGUCACAAGCAGCAGAAGAGCCAGCGCCCCCCGGUGGGUCGCCCCAGCCAGGACGACGAGGGGCUGGAGGGGGAGGGUGCGGGCCGCAUCAAGAGGGAGUUCGUCUGCGACAUCUGCGGCAAGACGCUGCCCAAGCUGUACUCUCUACGCAUCCACAUGCUGAACCACACGGGCGUGCGACCACACGUGUGCAAGGUGUGUGGGAAGACCUUCGCACACAAGCACAGCCUGAAGAUGCACCGCGUCCUGCACGAUGCCGCCAAGCAGUUCCACUGUGUUCUGUGUGACAAGUCGUUUGUCAGCAAGAGGAGCCUGGAGGAGCACACCAGUAUACACACAGGUGAGUCUAAGUACCUGUGUGUCCAGUGCGGGCGGUCCUUCCAUCGUGCGUCAGGGCUGAGUAAACACCUGAAGAGACACCAGCCCAAACCUGAUGUCAGAGGCUUCUCCUGCGACCACUGUGAUAAGAGUUUCUACGAGGCGAAGGACCUGCAGCAGCACAUGAACAAGCACCUGGGCCUGAAGCCCUUCCAGUGUCAGGUGUGUGGGAAGUGUUACAGCUGGAAGAAGGACUGGUACUCUCACGUCAAGUCUCACAGCGUGGCUGAGCCCUACAGGUGUAGCGUGUGUGGGAAGGAGUUCUUUGAGAAGGCUCUGUUCAGGAGACACGUAAAGAAAGCCACGCAUGGGAAGAAGGGCCGCGUCAAGCAGAACCUGGAGAGAGAGUGUGAGCACUGCGGCAGGAAGUUCACCCAGCUCCGAGAGUACCGGCGCCACAUCAACAACCACCAGGGUGUGAAACCCUUCGAGUGUCUGACCUGCGGCGUGGCGUGGGCCGACGCCCGCUCCCUGAAGCGCCACGUGCGCACGCACACGGGCGAGCGGCCCUACGUCUGCCCCAUGUGCCAGGAGGCCCACAUUGACGCCCGCACUCUCCGUAAGCACAUGACCAAGUACCACGGCGACCAGCUGCCUGGCAAGAUCAUGCUGGAGAAAGACACCCUGCAGUUCCACAACCAGGGGACCCAGGUGGAGCACGCCGUCAGCAUCCUGCCCUCAGACCUGCCCCCGGAGCUCCGCCCGCCCCAGAGCGCCCCCGCCGAGGAGAUCGAGACCGUCCUCAUCACCGAGGAGACGGUGGAGGCGGUGCAGGCGGUGGAGGCGGUGGGCGACGGCUCCCUCUCCACGCUGUCCGACCAGAGCAUCAUGCAGGUGGUGAACUACGUCCUGGCCCAGAAGGCAGUGCUGCCGGUGGGGGGGAAGCUGGACGACAGCCCCCAGGAGCUCCAGACCAUGGAGGUGGAGGUGGCGCAUGGGGCCGAGUUGGAGUGACUUUGCCCUGGGCACCCUCUCCUCACGGACUGGCCCUCUGGUGCCAUGUAAUAUAAGUUGUUACAGAGAAGUGGACAUGGGUGAACUGUUCUUGACUGUGUGUGUGAUGGAGAGAGGGAGUGUGUGUACUGGAAGGUCACUGUUGUGGACGGUUUAUUCGUGAGUCAAAUGGAAACUAUCCACCAAUAGAAACUCAGGAGAAGUUUUGUUUAUAAAGGAUGGACGGCACAUGGACCUUUCAUAGGAGCUGGUUUAGCACGUCCUUCUCAGAUGUCCCCCCUUCCCCCUAGUUUGAUCUGUAGAGCCCCCAGCUGGCUACGGUCACUGUUCUUCCUGGACAGGAACACCAAAUAAAGACCCUGCUGCAACAACAGUGCCCCCUGCCUCUUGGAAAGUGUAUUGCGAAACUUUUGCAAAUAAAAAGUAAAAUGUGAAUUACUUUUAUAAGAUGUUUUGAUAACUUAUGCUUUACAUUUGACCUAAAGAAUAUGUAAAUAACGCACAACACCACUAUCGGAAUUUUUUUAAUUUGGGGGUUUAUAUCAAAAUAGGUACAUUGCAACAUAUUUACAAAACAUUGUACAAAAAUACAGAACAGGAGAUGAUUGACUGUGCUUUAUCUGUACUUAAACAAAACCUGGCCUAACUCACGUAGCCCGAGCACAUACACAACACUUUCUAUAUCUGAGUCAACUUCGUAAACGUUUUGAUUCCUGCUUCAAAUCCUUUAACAGAUUGUGGUCUGGCAGUGAAACUAAACGGGGGAGUCAGGUGGCUGAGCGGUUAGGGAAUCGGGCUAGUAAUCUGAAGGUUGCCAGUUCGAUUCCCGGUCAUGCCAACUGACGUUGUGUCCUUGGGCAAGGCACUUCACCCUACUUGCCACGGGGGGGAAUGUCCCUGUACUUACUGUAAGUCGCUCUGGAUAAGAGCGUCUGCUAAAUGACUAAAUGUAAACAGAAU